AUGAUGAGCGAUUAUGGCAAAAAUCUGAAAAUGAAAUCAUCAGAUGUUAUCAUUUACAUUAUUCUCUUCAUUUCCUGCACUUUGCUAUGUAUUGUUAAUUUGGUCAUCGUUGAUUUGAAAGCUGAAAUAGAUGAUAGCUGGAUGAUUUUUGAUGCAAAUAUGGAUGAGACAAAGGCCAUUUCUCAAAAUAUUUUGAGAGAUCUUCAGCAGUUUUCCAUUAAAAAGCUGGAAAAACGUCAGAACUAUUAUGAUAACGCUCAACUCCCGCAAGUGGAAGCUGUAGAAGCGAGUCCGCCUUCUAUCAAACCACAGAACACAGACUGUAAUAAUCAACCAAACUUCUGCCCAGCCGGCCCGCCAGGAGUCAAAGGCCCACCAGGAGAUAGAGGCUUGCUUGGAGAGUCCGGAAAACCGGGAAAUCCGGGACUUGAUUCUGACGAUGUUUUGUUUGAACAUAUGGAUAUGCCAUGCAUGUAUUGUCCCGCUGGAGAACCUGGUUCACCGGGCGUGCGUGGACCUCCAGGUCCGCGUGGGUUGCGUGGAGCAGAGGGUGUUCAAGGUGUUCCGGGCCAUAAUGGAUAUCCUGGACUACAUGGAGAGCCUGGUGAUGUUGGAGACUUAGGAAAAACUGGUCCCGUUGGUCAGAGAGGACGAAGAGGAAUGGACACUCAACAAAAGCGUGGACUGCCUGGACCAAUGGGACCAUCUGGCAAAGCAGGUGAAGCAGGCGAAGAAGGAGAGUAUGGACGAUCUGGUCGUAGAGGCAUUAUUGGAUUACGUGGUAAGAAUGGAUUAGCUGGUGUAGCUGGAAGACCAGGACAUCCAGGAAGACGUGGUGAAGUAGGUGAAGUUGGUAUUAAGGGAUUAGAUGGAUUGUAUUGUCCAUGUCCAGAAUUGAGUGCACAUGUAGAAGCAUGA